UGGGAUAGAUUAACCGAAUCAAAGUCCACAACAUUAUUUGCCUUAAUAUCAACAGUCCAGACAAUUGCAUUAGUAAUUUUACAAGCAAAAAUUUUCGCUCGUAAUAUUGAUGGGUGGUUCAAUCUUCAUCCAGGACCAGAUGAAUAUACAGAAGCCGAAGUCCAAUUGCUUGAAGCCCAAGAAACAAGCAACCGAGUUUUAAAUGAAUGCCCCACGAUAGUUAUGGAUCCCGAAUUUAUGGUACAUGAAGUACCACACAUUAUACUAAUUACGAUUUUAGCAUGUAUCACGGGAUAUCUAUCAUUCAAGUUAUAUAAACAAUUUGGUUGGAACAUUUACCAAAGAAUUGGUACGGAUGUUAAAUUGCAAUCAAUUUAUAAAGCUCGUUUAAUUUUUGUAAUGUUAUUAAAACUUGACUUAUUGAUGAUGUUGUUAUUCAGUAUCUUAAUUAUACCUUAUUAUAUGGUUGAAUUUACUAGUUCUGGUGCCUCUUAUAAAGGGGUAGUUUAUAUGGGUAUUACUUUUUUUGCUCUAGUAUUUUUAUUUGAAUCUGUGGCCUUUAAAUCGAUUGCCAAAGAACAUAAAGCCGGAAUGAUUGCCUUUUUAUCAUUUUGGAUUCUUGUUAUGAUCACUUAUGUUUGGUUUUGUUAUAUCGGAAUUUCUUUGGUGUCCAUUUAUAAAUGGUAUAUUGGUUCGAUCUUUGGCGUUACCUGUUUACUUAUGGGCGCGUUAACCUUUGUAAUUGGAAUAGUGGUUAUGAGAAAUUUUGGAAAAGGAUUAAAGGAACACCUCGAUAAGAUUGGAUUUCAAGAGGAAGAAGCAUUUGAUAAUAGCAAUGAUAAACGUGAUAUGGAAGUUGGUAGUCGAAGAAAUUAA